CCAGCGAAACAUCGUGAAUUUACCAAACAUCAAUGCCCAGAAGUUAACCAGUUGACUGUAUUGACCUUAACGCGACGAAUAAAAUGGAUUAUGGUGCACCUGAAAGAAAGGGAACGCUUUUUCUGCGUUCAAAUCACAUGAGCUACAACCGAGGCACACUCGUUUCCAACUGGCACCAAAAUAGAGAGGCGGAGCCUAAAGAUUAUGAUGCAACUAUGUGCAAGCCAGGAAAAAUUGAUUUACAUCUGUGUACUUACAGAAGGUUUGGAACAGCAACAGAAGAUGAAUGGGACACCACAACAGCUGGACAUAUGGCUCAAGUUCAACUGAAGAAAGACUAUGAAAUGAAGGAGACUCAUAAGUCAUUAUUAAAUCAAGAGAGUUUUGAAAUGGAAAACUUUAAAAGAGAUACUGGAUGUCCUAAAAGUGGGUUUGGAUCACCAUUACCAGAGCACUCUUUGGAGCAUAACAAAAGGCAUCUGGAAACAACUUACAAGAUGCAUUAUGUUCCUCCUUAUCCUUAUGUGACAUCAUCUCAGACUCCAGAACAACCAGAUCAUCCAGCUUUGUACAGAAAGUGCCAUUCUCAGUUUACUGAUACAGCCGACUACAGAAGACGUGGUAUCAACACAUGGCAGGAUGAGAGUGGCAUUUACGCAAAUAGUGAAAUUAAAAAACAACUACUUUUAAUCAAUAAUCCAAUUCUUCCUUCAGUACAAUGAAUUGCUCUAUAGUACUUUCUUUUUAUAGCAAGUAAUAUGUUAAGAAAUGGUGUACUGAAAUAUGCUUCUGGCUUCCUAGCAAAGAAUGUCUGAAAUAUUUGUCUCUUUCCUUUUUUCAGAUGUAGAACUUUACAUGAUAUGUGCAUGUGCUGUCUCUUUCUCUCUCUCUCACACACACACACACACACACACACACACACACACACACACACACACACACACACACACACACACACACACUGUAAAACAGUGGUUGCCACCUUUCAGUUUCAGUUUGCUGCUUGGAACUUCUGUUAGUAGCUUGAUGGCUGCAAUCUAGUUGUCGUCUGGAACAGGGUUCCCAUUUUGUAUUCCAGCAACUCCUUGCCCUUUCCCCUCCACAGUCCCCCUACAAACAUGAUAAGGUCACCCUUCAGUGAUAAGUUAUUUUCUGAAAUCUCUAACUGUACUUCUCUAACUGGGGCUGUGACAUGGGUGGGAUGAGGGUGUCCCAUUUUUGUGUUGCAGUUUAUAGCAAAGGAGAAGUGGCAUACUAUUAAAAAGUGCUAUUCUGAAGUACUUGAACAGAACUCCCUGACUGGAGCUGUGAUUUUGUGGGGUCCUAACUAGAGAUGUGACAUUUUGCAUUGCACUAAGAAUUAACACACACACACACACACACACACACACACACACACACACACACACACACACACACACACACACACACACACACACACACACAAUGUUAUUAAAUUAGAUCUUAUAGAAUGGUCCUGUGACAAAGCAAAACACAUUUUAAAUACCAGCAGACACUAACAUUUAAUCAUUUAAUCUUGUAUUGCUGCUUGAAAAUAAAAAAAAAAAAGAUGGAACUCCCAUUGUUAGCAAAAGAGCACACUGACAAUGACUGUUCUGAGAUGUCUGAUAGGAGGAGUCUCCGGUGGAGCUGUGACAUCGAAUUGCAUUUUAUAGUAUUGGAAAGGUAAUACAGUAUUUAAACCACAGGACACACACUGUUGGCAUAACUGUGAUAACAGAGUGGAGCUGAAUGUUACUGGAGCAGAACUGUGACAUUGCAUUGCAUUUUAUAGCAACAGACUAUGAACUUGAAGAACUAACACACUGUUAAAAGUAACAUGGGUCACACAGUUAGCAAAACGGUACUGCUGAAAGCUGAUAGUGAUCCCAUUCUAGUAAUUCUAUCAGAUUAUUGAAGUUUCAAAACUUCAAAAGUCAUAUGGUUGGGACCAUAUGAUCGAAGCUUUAAAUGUUUUGAACGGAGAUUGCAGUACAGAGCGGAAUGGGAAAUGUACCCUUUUCUGCAAUGUAGUGCAAUCUCGA